AUGCUGCGCCGCGGCUGUGGUGCCACGGCACUGGCGGAGGGAAAGGUGGUCUCUGCGGCGACGCAAGAGGGCGCCCAGGGAGGCCUCCGCUCGGAGCCUCUCGGGCACGAGGGGGGGGGCAGCGCCUCUCCGCAGAGGCUGCGGAAGUUCGACGUGCAGGUUGGCGACGUGAUCAAGGUGCAGACGAACUUGGGAUGGGAGGUCGUGACCGUCACCGCCAAGCGAGUCAACGGCAAGCUUGACAUCGAGUUUAAG